AUGAGCACAACGACAAGGUCCACCGUCAGCCGCCUCCACGGCCUCUUCACCAAAAAUCCCGUGGCGGCGCCGGCCGCUACUGCGGCCGGGGGAACGUCCCCCGUCACUACUCCCGCCGUUGCCACUACGAAAUCCGGGAGAGUCAAGGAGCUCUACAAGGCGCGCAGCCUGGAGCGCCUAGUCGCAAUGUUCAAGGAGUCCUCCAAAGAGAGGCGAUUCCGCGCCAGGUGGGGCAUCUACGAAGAAACCGUCCGCCGGUUGAUGCGAGCCAACCGCCACGACUGGAUCGAGGAGAUCCUGGAGGAGCAGAAGAAGUACCCUGACGUCUCCAGGGAAGGUUUCAACGUCCGCUUGAUCAGGCUCUACGGCGAUGCAGGCAUGUUCGAGCACGCCCGCAAGGUGUUCGACGAAAUGCCUGGGAGAUCAAGCAAAAUAACCGUCUUGUCCUUCAACGCCCUCCUCGCCGCUGCAGUUCACUCCAAGAAGUACGACGUGGCCAAGGAGCUGUUCGAGGAAUUACCGGCGAAGAUGGAGAUCAAACCCGACGUCUUCUCUUACAACAUUGUCGUCAAGGGAUUAUGCGAGGCGGGUUCUCUUGAUGCAGCUGCUUCACUGAUCGAUGAGAUGGAGGAGAAGCAAAUCUGCCAACCUAAUGUCGUCACGUUCAACACCCUGCUAGAUGGGUUCUACUCAAAUUCGCGUUUUGAUGAAGGAGAUGCCAUUUGGGCUCGAUUGAUGAAGCAUCAGAAUGUCUCCCCUGAUGUGAAGAGCUACAGCGCCAAGUUCAUGGGGCUGGCUAAGCAGAAGAGAGCACAAGAGGCAGUCGAAUUGGUGGUCGAAAUGAAAGAGAAAGGUCUCGAACCUGAUGCGAUCUGCUGGCACAAUUUGAUUAAGGGGUUCGUGAACGAGGCAAACGUGGAGGCUGCGAAGCAAUGGUAUGGCGAAAUGAGGAGCCGAGAGUGUAAACCUCACAGGAUGACUUUUGCGGCAUUGAUACCGUUUGUCUGUGGGGAGGGCGACGACGCAGGGUUUGGGUUUAAACUGGCGAUGGACAUUUUCGGGACGAAACAGCUGGUCGAUCAAGGGCUGUUGCAGAGGGUGGUGGAUGCACUGGCGAAGGCAGGGAAGGUGAAGGAAGCUGAGGAGGUGGUGGCGCUUGGGAUGAACAACGGGUACUAUCAGUACAGUAAACUGUGUCUGCCUUCAACUGGAGUAGCUUAA